AUAAAUAUUUGAAAAAAAACUGGGUGAGAAUUAUGUAUUUAACCUGCCUUUCAAGAUCAUUCUUUAUCAGACUUAUUAGUUUUUUUUUCCUAUUGUUUGUAGUAUUAUUCUGCAUAGUACUUGCACAACUUAUCAAAAAUUCAAGAGUAAAAGUUGAUCCAGAUAAAAAGAAAAAUCAGUUUGCGGCCGAAUCCUAUUUUUACAACAAUACCACGCUGCCUUUCACCUCCAAUUAUCGAUUAAACAAAAAUCUGGCUAUUCCGCGUUACGAAACCUUAUUUGAUAACACUUUCGACGGACUAGAUGAGGAUGGAAAAUUGAAAGGGUUUCAUAUAAAUGAAACAUUUAGUUCUGAGAACUUUCUGAGCAAAAUUCCUAGAAACAAUUUUAGAACCCAGCGUAAUAAAUGCUCAAGAUUUCAGACCCACCCGUACUUAAUUCAUUUCGGAUUAAAUCAACCGCUUACUUGCCCGGCUUUUAGGGAAUCUGACAAAGGAGAUACUGCUCAGUUACCUCUGAUUACUCUAUCAGAACUAUACACUAAUAAAGCCAACUAUUCAUCUGACGCGGCCACGGUCCCACCACCCUAUACGAUGGCAGAAUCCACGUCCUCUACUUCCACUUUUUCACCCAUGCUUAUUCAUGUCUCCACUCCAAUUUCUUCUAUUUCUUCGGAUGCGCCAAUCAUUUUAGAAGUAGGUACAACGAUCCUAUCGCAGGAGACCGACGACGUCAGUCACCUCCACCCUGAAGAUCUACGUUUUUAUCGAUUGCCAGUUACUGAAAUUCCGCCUUUUGACGAAUGGAAGCAACGUCUCUUUCGGGUACAACGCGAGAAAAAACGUAACAACGACAACAAUAUAAGUCGAAACAACGGCAUGGCUAAGGGCGUUAAUAGCAACAACAAUAAUAGAAUCGAGGAAAACGGUAAAAAUUUACAUACCGAUGAUUCCAAUUCUGAAAUUAAUAACAAAGUCAAUAAUGAAGAAGGAUAUCAACUUUUGAAUGACAAGGUAAAUCUCUACAACAUCAACGACCCACUGUUCUCGUCCCCUCUCACCCCACUUCCUCCUUACGAUCCCUCCAUUGACGCCCAUCAAACCGCUUCCGUUGAUAUAUUAAAUCCCAUUCCAAAUAAUUUACACACUCAUAUCUCGCCUCAGACUAAUUUGCGCAGCGACAAUGUGAGCUCAGCUGGAAGCCUAAUCGAAAAGGAAGUGGAAGGAGGUGGGGUUGAUGAUGACAAGAAUUACGCAUCUGCCGCUUGUGGAGCCAAGAUACUACACCGAAACUCGGAGGCAAUUAAUCCAGGUGGCGUCCUGCAGGGUAACCUCGACGAUUACAUGCUCAACCCCUGCUCGGCUCGUGUCUGGUUUACCUUCGAGCUCUGCGAGCCUGUUCAAAUCAAAAAAAUCGAAAUCGCGAAUUUAGAACUCUUCUCCUCUUCCCCCAAAGAAUUCAGGGUUCACAUCAGCGACAGAUAUCCUACCAAGGAAUGGCUCAUGAAUAAAACUUUCGUUGCUUCCGAUGAGAGGAAAAUGCAAUCUUUUCGCGUGGAUGCCAAUUUGUUCGCUCGAUACAUUAAAAUCGAGUUGUUGAGUCACCACGGUUCUGAACAUUACUGCCCCCUAACGCUAAUUCGAGUUUACGGGACCAACCUGGCUGAGGAAUUCGUCCCUGAAGAUGAAGAUGAUGAAAAUGUAGACUCCAACUACCGUGAUGACGUUAUUAGUGAAGCCCGUGCCGCCUUUCGUGGAGAUGUUCACGAUACCACCACAGCUCCCUUGAACGAUAACAUCAUAACAACAGCUUCAUCAGACCGUUACAUUAUUGCUAAUUACGUAACCCUGGAACAUUCGGAUAAUAAUUUUAACGAAAUUAAUAAUAGUUAUAUCAAUAACAAUCUAUCCAACGUCACUAACCUCCAAAAAAUGGGCAAUUUAACAGAAAAUUGCAAAGGAAUGCAUUCAUUGAAUAAUAUCGAGAAAAAUUUUAUAUACACCAAAGAGUCUAAAAAUAUGAGUUUAAAAGAGUCACAGGUAAAUAGCAUGGGAGAUAGAAAGUUAGAGGAUUUAACUAAGGAUUCAAAUCCUCCUAAUAGUCAGAGGGAUUCUAGAGAAGGAACGGCGGAUAAUUCAAGUGAUAAACAAUCUAGAAAUAUACUCCUCAGUGCUAAAGACGCCGUUUUAACAAUACUAAAUCACGCGAGCAAUGUUUUAGUGCCUACUGAUAUCAUGAAUUCCCAACAUAAUCAUCGAACGCAUGCCAAUCAUACCUCCCUCGAUUUGCUUAAUUCUGGCAGCCAUGAUAUCACACUUAAUGACACAACCGACGAUUUAUCAUACUUACAAGACUCGCUUCGCAUUCACGAUAGAGACUACUCAUCUUUCCUAAAUCCUCCCGUACUCAAUUAUAAUGUGACUGGCAUCUUCCCUGAUUUCGAUCCUCUUCAUAUAAAUUCUUUCCAUCAUGCGAACUUACUAUGGUUUAGCCAGUUUUGUGAGUGUUGUUCAUCUAUAGGGUUUAUCACCUCCUUUACACCCAUUUAUACCCUCGCUGGGUUGCCCCACUCCGCAUCCUGUUUUUACGCCCGUCUUUGGAUGAUGAUAUACCCUAACCGAUCACAAGAUUGCCUUUCCUGCCUACCUCUGAUUUUUUCCUCCUCAUCAAAAGACUUCUCAACUAAGGUUAAGCCAGCCCAAAUUGUAGCAGAUGUAACUGGAACAGAUAUUGAGGAAUCAAAUAUCAAAGUAAAACUGAAUUUCACCGAUACUUACAGUGAAAACACGACAGUUAAAAGCGUGGAAUCGUUCACGGCAAAUUCUAUCAAACCAGAGACUGGACUUAAGAAAACCGCCAUCUCCGCCCUGAGCCAUAAGGAGUCCAUAUUCAUGCGUUUAAAUAAUCGCAUACGCGCCUUAGAGAGCAAUGUCUCCCUCGCGGGUCGUUACUUAGAGGAACUGUCUCGCAGCUACGCCCGCCAUAUCGAGCAAACUGGAGUCGCCUUCGAUAAAAUCGCUCGUGUCAUAGAUGCUACUGCUAUCCUCGCCAAAAGGCGUCAUACUACUACGGAAGAACGGGCGCGGGAUUUGGCCCGACGUCUAAAUGAAACAGUACAAAACCUUGAACUCUAUCACACUGCUCAAGCAACCUCAUUAAACCAAAAUCACUCUUCCCUGAUCAUCCUCCAUUUAAUUUUCCUAAUACUCGAAUUAUCCCUUCUAUCCAUCGUUAUUUUUUAUAUUUUACCGCGUCGGGCUACCACACUUUUACGUCAAUAUCAAUUAUCCGUCGAGAUUAAUAAGAACCACACUUUAGGAUCAAACCAACAAUUCACUGAUAACACUCGCAAGGCGGUUUUCAGCGAGGAACUAAAGCCUCAUACCUUGAUCAGAUUCCCCUUUUCUCGUUCAACAUUUAAUACUCUCGAAUCUAACUCAUCCUCGCCCAAUGGUGAUUCCUCAACUGUUAAAGAUAUUUACCUCGAUAGUUUAGAUACUAGCCGUGAUGUUGGUGAAAAUUCUUUCAGAUACAAAUACAGCAGAAACAAAGAUAAUGAUAUUAACCAUGCUAAUAGUUUACCAUUUCAACCUUUAUAUUCUCAGCCAAAAUUAGAACAAAAAAAGAAAAAGAAACGCAAAAAGAGUAACAAGGCUUCCGACUACAACUCCUUGAUGGCCCACAAAAUUCUCAUUCUAACCCGCGAUUUCAACCUUGAGAGUUUUUCGACUCGUAACAAAGACUCGAAUUCGGUCAGAUGGAACAAUCCUAACUACCCCUGGUCAAAUAUCGGGGUGGAAAAAGGGUCCAUUUAUAACUUACCCGAAAAACCUUAUAUAAAGUUGGAAAACGGUAAACCCCGUUCAAAAUUCAAUAACGAUAAUAUUAAAAACAAUUGUAAUCACGACAAAAAUUCUCACAUGAGCUCGACGUGCAAUGGUGACGUCGGAAAGACAACCACGGAUAAUUCCUCGAAAAACGAAGGCUUUUAUUACAGCCUUUUUGAUAACGCGAAAUUUUUCAAAAAGGGCCCUAUAAAGUUGCCUUAAAAGAAAAUUGAAUUUUGGGGAAGAUUCGAAAAAUAAGUUUCUCUAAAGGUGCUAGGAUAUUUAUUUUUUCGACAACGAAGUCGUAAGUUAUUUAAAAAUUAAGGAUUAAUUUUAUCAUACAUUAUUAAUUGUCUUCCCUUGCUAUUUUCUUCUUGAACUUAAGUCUUCUGAGAAAGCAAUAAUCAAUAAACAUUUUGGGACUCCCUUUUCUCCAUUAUGGAAUAAUAUUGUGCAAUUGUAAUCCCAAAAAUGAUAUUUUAUAUUCUCUAUUUAAAUAUCAAAAUUAUAUAUAAAUUUUUCAAGUUUUAUCUUUCAUAACAUUUUAAUUGGUGAUUGAAGUAAAUACAUGAUUUAACUUGCGACAAAUCAAUCUAGUUUUUCUUCUUAUCUAAAACACUAUUAUUUUUUAAAUUUAUUUGAAUCAUUGUUUAAAUUUAUUGAUAAUCUUUGAAAAAUCCUUUUCCAUAAUAGCUAGUUUUUAAAUGUUUUUUAAGGUUUAUAUUAGUGAUCUGCAUCGGGCCUAAUUUUUCAAGCCUGGCCCUAAAUUUUUUUAAAAAGUUUUGCUGGCUCAGCCCGAAAUUUAUUUUAAAAAAAUUUACCGGCCUGGCCAGGCCCGAAUUUAUUUAAAUAUAGAAUAAUUUUUAUAAUUACUUAAAAUAAAAGACAUAUGUAGUUUCAAUAAAUUAAAUCAAAAAUUUUUAUUUUACAUAAAAUUCAAUAUAAAAUUGAUAAAUUUAAUAUAAUUUCCAAAGUCCGACCCUACCCGGCCCGAAAUUUUUUUAAAAAUAUUAGGCCCGGCCCGAACCCGAUUUUAAAUAGAAAUAGAGGCCCGGCCCAAACGCAGAUCUCUAGUUUAUAUUUUAUCCCGGAAUUACAUUUUAAAUUCAAGUAAAUUUGUUAUAUAUAUAUGUUAUAAACCAAUAUUUUACAAGCUGUUAUAUAUUGUUUUAUCAAAUAAAUCGAUAAAUUAAUUUAUAUAUAUUUUUUUAUUAAUUCUCAUACCCUUUCCUCGAAGAGCAAGUAUGAAAACUAUAGUAUUACAACUUAUUUAUAUUUAAUUUAUUCGUUUUGACUUUAAAAGCACUUGAAUAUUUUAUUGAUUGCAAAUUCAUGUCACAAAUAUCGUAAUUUGUCCUAUUAUUAACGGACUCUUUUACUUUUAACCUUACAUUUUAAUAAUCUCUCAUUUUAUUUCGCAUAAUAUUAGGUUUAAAAAUACAAUAUUUUUUUAAAUAUCGCAAAACUAAGACUUUUUUUAGAAUGUCCUUGAUUUUAUAUUAUGAUUUAUAUCGAGUUUCUAUUGG